CAGAAGUAAUUAAAGUAUGGAAUUCAAGAUCCAGAGGUGGUGGUGAAGGGCAUAAGGAUGAGCUGGCCAGCAUUUCAUCUGUGAUGGUAAAAAAAGAAAAAAGAAGAACAACAUACUUUUCAAAUCCAGGCAGCACUUCUCCAAGGUGGUACAAAGAUUUUAUUACGGAUUCUGAUGCUAAAGUGUUGGAACAUUCUGGAAAAAUGGUACUUCUUUUUGAAAUUCUUAAAAUGGCCGAGGAACUUGGGGAUAAAGUGCUGGUGUUUAGCCAAUCUCUCAUAUCUCUGGACUUGAUUGAAGAUUUUCUUGAAUUGGGAAAUAAGGAAAUAUCAGAUGAUAAAGACAAGCCUCGAAUUUAUAAAGGUGAAGGAAAAUGGUUUCGAAACAUUGAUUAUUAUCGUUUGGAUGGUUCUACAAGUGCACAGGCAAGAAAGAAAUGGGCUAAAGAGUUUAAUGAUGAAACUAAUGUGAGGUGGGUACUUUUAGAUUUUCUUUCCUCAUUUAUGUUGCAGAUCAUUACCAGUUUAUAG